AUGUCGAGUCUCCCGAACCUGAGUGCGCUAGAACUCCGCAUUCUAGAACUAUCGCGUGCACAGAACUUCUGUUCGUACGAUAGCAUGCCGGAAAGUGUGUACGUCGCAGCAGAAGAUUCAUCAUCCUCAGAUAUAUCGGAGUCACCGCCGUCCUCACCAGGAUCUGAUCGUGCCGGGAACGCGGACUGGUGUUCUUGCGGGAAGUGCAAACCGAUGGAUACCGCUGACGAGUACAACGAAUAUUUCGAGAUACUCUGCCUCGACACCGAAGUUCUGCGAGUGUCUUUUACGUACAUCCGAGAUACUGAAGAGUAUGGCAACAUACGUGACAUCGCCGUGAACAAGAAAUUCCGUUAUAUCGCCUAUCGGCAAUUCACAUGGUGGAUAUGGGGUGGUCUGGGAAAGCACCAUAGGAAGAUUCUUCCUGCCUGCGUGGUGCACGCCAUUAGGGAUGCUUUUCCAUCAGAUGUGUAUAAGGGCUUUGAACCUGCACACUUGUAA